UUUGCAUUUGAAAUCUAAUACUGUAUAGUAGGUACAGCAUUUAGUUUGAAUCUUGCUUUGCGACCAGUAAAAAAUUAUGUUCUAUAUACAGUAGUAUGAAUGUUUGUAGUAUGAUUUUGAUUAAGACGUACUACAUCGCCAUGUUGUCACUGUCCUGUGACCAGCAUCAGUCACGUCGCUUCACUGUCAUUCACAAAUCCUCUCCCCUGGCUUCAUGGGAUAGUAAAUCGUCCAUAAGAUGCACACAACAGAAUUUCGCCGAAAGUAGUUGGUCAUCCGGGUACUUUUCGCCUACUGUUUAUGAAAACGAUGAAUUUGUACAUACCUUAUUAACUGUUUUUUUGCUUACUAUAUAGCAUGGAAGUAGUAAUCAGAUGCAGGGAUUGUUUUCAAACAGGUUUCUCUGAACACUCGCCUAUUCUGCCAUUGGUCAGUUAAGAAGACAGCCCCGCCCUAAACUCAUAUCAUUGGUUGAGCUGUUGCUGUGUCAGGCUAGUCAAACACACAGAGCAAUGUUUUGAUAUCACCACAGAGCCAGAGUGUUUACACAAUUUCAAUCUACAAACAGCUUACUUAAAGUUUUCUCUCUGCAUAUUUGACUGUAUAAAGGAAGAAAAUCAUAUUGCAGAAGUGCAGCAAUGAAAAGCAGCUUUGUAGCAAAGUACAACAGACAAGUUAAAGGCAGCCUGGUUUGUUGUUGUUCUUCUGUUGUGGUUUGAACUCCAUUUGGUCACACGUCACCAUGACAUUUGACAGCUAUAUAUUUAAAGCCUCCAUCAUACAUCCAUGUCCCUCAUCUAUGAUUACUAUGUAAUCAGCCCUCAAAGAAACCUUUACGAGUGGCAGUAUACACACAAGCACACACAAAUACAGCAGUAAAGGCCCAUAAAACAGGCAGUGGAGCUGGCACCGGUGGCCGCAGGGCUGAGAUUGAGUUUGUUUUAAAGGGCUGAAGAAGCCUGCUCUGCAUUAUGAGCACUUCAGAAGAGCUCUCCCUCAGGCAUUGCGCACUUUGCCGCCUUGAUCCCUGCUUUUUACACCCUUGCUGCCCGGACAGGAGGAGGAAAUAAAAACAAACAAUACUGUAAGCAAGAAGCAAGUUUCCCAUCCAGAUAGUUGUUGUGUAAAGGAUUGGCCGUUCUCAGAUAACAGACUGUGUCUUGUGUAGUCAAUGUAUAAUAGAAGCACAGUUAAAGAGAAAAACAUCUGUGACACGGCACUAAACUGAGGAAUACAUUUCUGUCUGGACUGUGCGGCGUACCCACUCACGUCUCGACGGUAGAAGAAAAAACAGUGAGCUUGCUUGACUGACAUUUGUUUCAUAAAGCUCCACAAAGAAAACCCUGUGUCCUCCCUCUUAGUACUAAACAUAUGUUGUACUACAAAGCAUUUUUAUUGCCAGCAUGUACAGUGAUAGGUUAUUGCCAUGGAAACCACUCAGAGACAUUUGCGGGGCAUUUCCAUCAUUUACAGACUCACAUGAUAAAAAGCAUAUAUGACGUCAGAGGCCCGACUGUUUAUCUUUUUCUUUUUUUUUUUCUUCUUCUUCCUCUAUUAGUUUUUGCUCUGCUCAUAUAGACUGACAAGGUGACUGGCUGACAGACGGCACAAUGAGUCAGUGAGCAUUUGGUGUAACAACCACCAAACGGAUGGGAUUUGUCCCUAAGAGAUGACGCUGACACAUUGAUUUUUACCCAGAGGAGCCUGAUAUACCAGCCUGGACUCCUCUCCUGUAUCAGCUGCAACUCCUAGACUUCAGAGAAAAGCCGGACCCCCUUUCACUGCCCAUCCCCGAACGGAUCCGCAUCGGCAACCAGAAACGAGAGCGAGGCAACUUCUACUUCCAAAGGGAAGAGUACAGCAUGGCAGCCCAGGCUUACUGCAUGGCUUUAGACAUGCUUACGACACGCACAUAUGACAGUCAAAGCUGUGCGGCAGAGGAGGACGAUGAGGAGGUGAACGACUACAGGGUAAAGUGUCUGAAUAACCUGGCAGCAGCACAGCUGAAGCUUGGACAGUUUGACGAGGCGCUGCACACCAGUCAAGAUGUGCUGUUCCUGGAUCCCCAGAAUGUCAAAGCAUUAUUCAGGAAAGGGAAGGCCAUUCAUGCUGAACUGUCCAAGUUGGUAAAAAGACAGGCGGGGGAAAGUGAGACCGAGAGUUGGCAAGCUAAACCAGCUGAAAACAUAGCGCCCUUUCUGACACCUCCUCCCCCAAAAAAGCCGUUUGGAAUUUCUUGGAAGUUUCUGCUUGGAGCUCUGGUGGUGGCUUUGGGCAGUUUAGUCACAUCUGUGGUUCUGACCGCACGGAACUAGCUCUCUCGACCUACUUGCAAAUUAACUAAGUCUCACAAACAAGCAUUCCCCAGAGCUGCUAAGGGACGGAGGAAAAAUGCAUUGAACUGUUUAAAGAGCAGCUUUAUGGGCGGUUCUACCGGUGGCACACCAACUUAUGCAAAACAGAAAAAAGGUCAAGGCAAAUGCAUUUAAACUACUUGCAAUAAAAACACUAGUGUUAAUAUGUUUGGUGUUUUGUUUUGCUUUCUGCUACAUGACAUAUUAACUUUUUCAUUUCUACACACGUUUUGUAUUUUUCAUCCCUGACUUUUCUACCAUGAUUUAAUGGCAGCUGUUCCCCUAAAUUCCAGUAAUGAACAAGAAAUCAAUAUUACAUUUACAACCAAAAUGUUGCAGAAAACAACAUUCAAACUGUAGAUGAACAAUAUGGCUAUACAACAAAUUAAUCAACUGUUACUUAUAUUUGAUCUAUUUGAUGACAAAAGGACUAACAG